UUUCACCAAAUCCCAUAAAAAACAAGCAAACACCCAAAACAGGAAUGGUGAAGUUCUCUUCCUCUGACGACAGCCCGGAGUUCUUCAAAGUUUUCCUCCCCUACACGAGCUCGCACCAAAUAUCCAUACCACCAGCUUUUAUCAGGCACUUCAAUGGAGCCAUACCAAAGAAAGCCAUUCUCUUUGAUCAUACUAAGAAGCCUUGGAAUGUCACACUGGAGCAAACUGAAGGGCUCUUGUGUUUUAAGAAUGGCUGGCAAUGUUUUGCUAGCGAUCACUCUCUGGAAUUUGGAGACUUCCUGGUUUUCAAAUACAACAGAAAUUCUUCAUUUGAAGUGAAAAUAUUCAGUAAAACUGGAUGCAAGAAGGGAGAAACUGUGGCUCUUGAUAAGACUAUUCCAUCUGUUGAUUUGGAACAAGAUUCUAAACCAGAGAAAACUUUUAGAAGACCCAUUUGUGUUGGCAAGCGAAAGCAUUCGGAAAUAGUCCUCAAGAAAAAUGAAGAGGCAGGCUCAUCUAAAGCUGGUCAGCAUAAAUCGCGAAGAACUGUUGAAACAAAUCUUGAAAAACAGAAAAUCCCAAAAGUUGGUCAAUUUGUUGCACCAAAGAAUCCAUACUUUGUGGUGGCCUUUGCAAACCAUAUGCAGUAUACCUUGAAUAUUCAUAGAUCGGUGAUUCAGGCAUUUAACAUUAGAUUGAAGGAAAACAUGGUGAUUCGUGAUCAAAACAGAAAUAAAUGGCCAGUGAAAAUAUCGUUCAGAAGUGAUGGCCGAAUCUCUCUUGGUUCUGGAUGGUCUGAUUUCGGGAAGAAGAACAACUUACAAGUAAGAGACCAAUGUGUGUUUGAGUUUGUCCUUGGAAAGGGAAAUAUAUGCAAUGAAAUUGAUGUGCAAAUUCUUCGUGGAAAUGCAAGAUUAAAGAACCUUCGUCAGCAUUGGGUUUUGCAGAAGGCCGGGCCAUUGUUCUUCACAUAGUGUGCAACAUAUAUUUUGAGGGAAUGUAGGCUGAACUUGGUCAUGUCACACUGCUUCUUUCUACUAUAUCUGCAUAUAUGAUUUUUCUUUUCUUGUUUCUCUAGAUACUCUGGUUAUUGUUACUUCAUUUUUUGAAAAUUUGUGU